UGAAUAUGGCCUACCAGCGACAUCUUCGUCGACAGCAACUGGUUUUGCUAGUUUUUUUGUGUCGGAACUGUGUGACUUGAGUUCCUUGGCAGUGGAAGAGUGGGCUCGCUUGACAGAUCUCUCGACAGGCAUUGUGAUUACUCGUAAAGUGAGGCAGAAGGAAUAGUUAAGAGAGUUGAAAGACUGAAUGGUGCGUACAGAGUACGGAAAGUGAAUGGAGAGUGAAGGGAUUCAAGGAGACAGAGAUUGACGCUCUCCAUUUUAUUGGGGUUGCAAAUUGGUGGCAAUGGGUGUAAAAUAGAAGGUGCGCAGUUAUGCGCAGAUCUGGGGAGGGUCAGAGUCGUUGGACAGGGUAGGCAGUGGGGCCGGUAUGAGGUAUAUACGCACAUAUCUCAAUAUGUCUACGUCUCGCAAGAAGAGCACUUGCACACAUCACCUCAUCUCGAUCUCAUUCAUUACACAUUCCACUAAGGAUACAAAUAGGAGUGACAUCAACGCCUAUGACUCAUCAAACAACCGACCCAUCACCGCAACAGGAACAAGAGCAGGAACUUGAACUUGAACAGAAACGGACACUGGAACUAGAACUAGAACUAGAACUGGAGCAGGAGGAAAGCGUCGCCACUAUCGAUGCCAUACUUCAUAUGCCAGAGCUGGCAUAUGCGCUCCAGCGGUAUCUCGAGCCAAAGCAUCUGGUCACAGCCUGUUUAGUCAGUAAACCAUGGUCCAGAGUUUGGACGCCCUUCCUGUGGCAAACCCUGACCCUGACCCAACCCCACCCAGUCUUUCGGGCUCACACCCCGCGUUCGACUUCCUCCUUCGCUGUCUCUCCAGCCCAGUACCACCAAGACGAGCGUUAUGUUCUUUCAGUAGAAUGCCUUAGUCGAUUUGGGCACCACGUCCGACGACUUAAUGCCUCUUGGCUGACCUCUCACGCUCUACUGCGGCUCUCUAUUCACUGUGUGAAUCUGCAGCAGGUCAAACUGGCCGAGACUGCAAUUCCGAUCAGAGUGCUGCAGCCGAUGUUGAGGGCGUUGACAAGGUUGCGAAGGCUGGAGCUGGAUUUGCCGUUUGAAGAGUUAGUCGAGGAUGAGAAGGAUGAAGAGGAUGCGGAUCCGCAGCCAGACGCUAUCAUCAACAGCUCAGAUGACAGUGCCUUACUGAGAACCAUUGAGACGUGUGCAUCCAAAAGGCUCGAGCACCUUGAGCUUAUCUUCCAGAGAUCGGUCAGGAUGCCCGUUAAGGCGCUAUGUUCGGUGUUGAGUAGCCAUUCUGCUCUUCAUACAGUCAAGUUGGUGGACGCGGAUAUUGAGGAUCCAAAGAAGAAAGGCGGCAAGAGCAAAAGGAACAAGAAAAAGAAAAAUAAUCGCACGCGAAGUGGAACAGCAUCAUGGCUUUCAACUUCAGGGUCAUCGAGUUCAGUAUCUUCAACAUCGACCUCUGUAUCAUCAACCUUGACAACUUCAGCCUCGUCCUCAGCCUCAGAGGGCGAGGAUGAAUCAUCAUCAGCACCAACACCAGUAACGACAAUGGCAAUAGCAACAGCAGAAGAACCUUUCAGCCUCAUUUUUCUAUCCAUCACCAGCUCCCACACGUCGAACGCCUGUCUGGGAUAUAUUUUAGGGCGAUGUCAUCAUCUGACGGCACUGCACCUACACUCUUGUGACACCAUCACGGAUGAUGCGCUAGAAGGCAUCGCUCGAAGUCUGCGGUCUCUCACAAGCAUAUCUUUAUCGAGUUGCAAACAGCUUACGUCUACGGGUCUCAAUAAUUUCUUCAAGAGCACCCACCAGCUCGUUGCUCACGUUCAUCUUUGCGACCUGGCUGCGCUUCAUGACGAGACCCUGGAAAUUGUAGCCCUCCGCCACGCCCACAGUCUUCGAAAGCUGGCCAUUUACUUUUGUGCAUUUGUGACAGAUAAAGGGAUCAAGGCCGUGUUGACGGCAUGUCAUGAGUUGCGAGUUUUAGGUCUGCAGGCGUAUGGUAUGACGCCAACUAUUUUUGAGGAGCCCUGGGCCUGCCGCUGGACAUUGGAGCAGCUGGACCUUCAAGGUGUGUUCAAAAUGGCUGUGGAUAGUCCUGCAUCUGGAGAUGGUGACAGUAACUGGAAUACCACCAUGGGUGGGAGCAACAGUGGCAGCAACAGCAACAGCAACAGCAAUACCAGCAAUAUCAGUAGUAAUGUCAGUAUGGGAGAUUUUUCUGCCACGAGAGUAUGGCGUGAUCGGCAGGCAAGGAUUGAUGCUUUUGAGAAGACAAGGCUUCGGCUGAUAACGCUAUCGAAUCUCAAGAACUUGCGGCUAUCUGCUGCUGGGAUCGGGAAAGAGGUCCUCGAAGGGUUUGGACAGCAUCAGCGGAUAGAGGUUUUGCAUCUCUAUGGGCUCCAGAGCACUCAGGUUGACACGCUACCUUGGACCGAGAUCCGGACACGAUAUCCCUUCCUGAGACAGGUCUACUGCGGAGUGAUUGGUGUUCUGACCAAGGGCAUCCAAGAUAAACUGGCGCGGCUGCAUGUAGAGCUGUUGGCGUCGUCUAGUAUUCCUGACCUUGCAUUUGAAAACAAUUUCGAUGACUAGCAGCAGCUCGCUGAGCUGCUCAUAAGAUGAUCGUAAUAAACGGCAUUUCUAUCCUCGUCCGCCUCCUCUUGUCUUUGCAUGUGGAUGUGGAAUCGCUCGUGUUGCUCCACGCAGUCGUGCCUUUGCCUUGUGAAGCAGUAGGUAUCUAUCGGUUGACGAACAUUCCAUUAUUUGUUUUCUUUUACAUGCAGCUCCACAGGGCGACUUUGCCGAUGCUACUCGAUGCUAUCCAAGCA